CAGUUGUUUGAAACAAGUGUAGGUGCGCUAAUUUCGGAGAUUAUAGUGUGAUCUUUUUCGGAAAAAAUCGUAUAAUAAGUUAGUUGUUACUAAUGAAAAUGUCUUUUACUAGUGACCAUGGGCCGUGGGAGAAUAAUAAUGGCGCCGAAUUUCCGGGCUACCCAAAUGAUAUAAAUGGCUACGGACCGUUAUGGGACCCACAUCACUUUCCUGGACAAAAUCCACCUUUGGGCAGUUAUCCAGACAUUCUCACAGCUUUUAAUUCGGACUUAGUUUGGCCACGGCAACAAUGCGGUGGUUUGGUGUCCAACAGAAUAGGAAGAAACAGUACUUCCAAUGGUACCCAGUCAACAAAGAAAACUAGAAGGAGGGUGGCCACUAUGGCCCAACGCAGAGCAGCUAACAUCAGGGAGAGAAGACGAAUGUUUAACCUAAACGAAGCGUUUGAUAAACUGAGACGAAAGGUUCCAACAUUCGCAUAUGAAAAACGGUUGUCUAGGAUCGAAACGCUCCGUCUGGCCAUUACCUACAUAAGCUUUAUGACAGAACUAUUACACGGGCAUCCCUUAGACCACAAAAGUGGCGAAAUAUAUUCUCAAAGAGAAUACAUUCCAUACGGAAUAAUUAACUAAGUACUAUAUGCAAUGCAUCUUGUCAAUUUUUGUCAAUGUAAACAUUAAAUAUUUGUGAACCGAUGGCAGGCGUUAUGUAUACAGGG